CCCGUGCGCGCCGCCAUGGCCCGGCUGGGCGCCCUGCGCCCCCCGCCCCGCGCCCCGCGGCCCCCGCCCUGCGCGCUGCUGCUGCUGCUGCUGGGCGCCGCGCUGGGCGUCUGCGCCUUCUUCGGCCUGGGCGCGGGGCGCGGGCCCUUCUCCGGCGCCCCCCCGGGCCCGCGCCGGGACCCGGCCCCGGCCCCGGCCCCCGCCCGCCUCCACCUGCUGCUGAUGUUCACCAAGGCGGCGCGCGGCUCGGCGCUGCAGGCCCGCGCCCAGGCUGCGCUGCGCUCCCUGCUGCGCCGCGCGCGCCUCCCGCCGGGCCAGGCGCUGCACCUGCACUUCGUGAGCGAGCCGCGCAGCCGCCAGAUCGCCCGCGGCCUGCUCCGCCCGCUGCUGCCCGGCCUCCCCUUCCGCUGCCAGGUAAUAUUCCAUGACGUGGACAUACUGACAGAACAGCUGUUCCCAGUGGUUGAGGCCAUGCAGAAACACUUCAGUGCUGGGUCCGGGGCCUACUACAGCGACUCCAUCUUCUUCCUGUCCGUGGCCAUGCACCGCAUCAUGCCCACAGAGAUAGAACGGAUAAUCCAGCUGGACUUGGACCUGCAGUACAAGACCAACAUCCGAGAGCUGUUUGAGGAGUUUGACCAUUUCCUGCAAGGAGCCGUCAUUGGGAUAGCCAGAGAGAUGCAGCCUGUCUACAGGCACACCUUCUGGCAGUUCCGCCGUGAGAACCCCCAGACCAAGGUGGGUGAACCCCCUCCUGACGGACUGCCUGGCUUUAACAGCGGGGUCAUGCUGCUGGACCUGGAAGCCAUGCGCCAGUCCCAACUCUACAACCAGUUGCUGGAGCCAGACAUGGUGCGGCAGCUCACGGAGAAGUACCACUUCAAGGGCCACCUGGGGGACCAGGACUUCUUCACCAUGAUUGGCAUGGAGCACCCCGAGCUGUUCCACGUGCUGAACUGCACCUGGAACCGGCAGCUCUGCUCCUGGUGGAGGGAGCACGGGUACAGCGACGUGUUUGAUCAGUACUUCAGGUGCGAGGGCCAAGUCAGAAUCUACCAUGGGAACUGCAACACGCCGAUCCCCGAGGACUAGGCCGCUCGGCGCUGUCUGCUGGGGGCAGCACUGCCUUUUCGGUGGUGGGAGAAGCAGCUAGUGAAGUGUGUGUACCAAUGCCCCGUGCAAAGGUGUGUCCACCCCAUUGUGCGCUAGGCUUCCGCGCCACACUCCAGCUGUUCCAGGAACAUACCAGGGCACCUCACCUCAGGGAGGAAGUGCAGUCUAGUGGUUAAAUCAGGGCACCAGGGUUCUGCUCCCAACUCAGACACUGACAUGGCUACAUGAGUUGGGCAAGGCAUGUCGCUCCUCCAUGCCACAGUCUCCCUACCUGUAAAAUGGGGCUAAUAAUAUUUACCCUCCUCCCACUGUGAGGCUGAAUGAGUUCGAGCAGCGAAAGCCCCUAUGUACAUGCAAUGUAUGCCGAUUCAGUGCAACGGCACAUAACACUGCCUGCCCUCACGUCCUGGGUGCGUCGCCCUGUGGGAUAGGGACAGCGCCUCAUUUGAUACUGACCGUGUCAAUGUUUGCACAGUGUUCAUGAGCAUUGCAUUGUUAUUUGCUGUACCUACAAAAGGGACCAUCACUCGGUGACCUAUUUCUGUGUCUAAUGCAGGGCGAGGAGACGCCAUCUCCAGCCUGGCCUCAUUUAGAAUAAAAGCCAAACGACACUUUGUAAAGACUGAUUUGUGCUGAUGAAAUUACAAAGCUGCAUUAACACUGGGUUACUCCUGGACCAAAAUUGAAUCCAAAUGAGCUUUAAAGCCUUCUCUUGGUUCUUCCCAGUGCUAAAAGCUUUUCUGCUGUUCUCAUCUUAGAACCACACAGAGUGUGGACUAGUGUGUUCUUUUUUACUAGCUCUUCAGUUAACCUUUUGUGCUAGAAUAAAGGUGCAAAUGUAAAAUACUCUGUGUCCAUUUUCCACAGCACAGCUGAUUAUCUGGGUGAAAAGGUUUGAUAAGGGUUUGGUUCUUUCUUACGGUGAUUAAAAAGUAGCUGACAUGCAGCUGUUGGGUAAAUGAAAAAAUGGUGUCCUACGUACCAUCGCCACUCUGUUUAACCGCCUGAGAGUCCUGAGUCAGGUCUAUAAUAAAAUGUAUUCAUGGCAGUUGUUA